GUGGGAGAUAAAAAGCACAAGAAUGAGGGGCUAUAGAGAAAGGAGAAACGAAGGAACUUUGGACAGAAAAAUGUAGGCCUGCAUAUAGAAAUGGACUUUGCUCAGACUAUUUACUUAACUUUACGUUAAAGAUGUGACCUAUUAUUUAGGUCAAGUUGCUCAUGCUGAAGAUAUAGACGGGCAAUUUUGUAUUGAUAUGAUAAUGAUUCAUGUGUUAAAGUCGAACAAACUUUGGGUUUACAUUUAUUGUGCACCGCAGUGGUUUAAAACUUACAACACAAAAUGUCUCCUGCAUUCUCUCGGUGGGUGUUAGUCGUCGCGGCCUUGUUCAUUCAGGGCUCCGUGUCGGCUGUCGACAUCGAGCAGCCCAUCGUAAAGACGUCAACCGCGACUUUCCUGGGAAAGCGACUCGAUAUUCGACCUCAUCAGCUUCCGAACGAUUACCAUCGUAGUGUAUCGGCUUUCACGCGGAUCCCGUACGCCGAGCCGCCCGUAGGCCAACUCAGGUUCACAAGACCCGUCGCCAGGGUUGUCGAGGGGGAGUUCGACGCAACUCGAUCAACUGUGGUUUGUCCGCAACCAAGGAAUGAGAUCUGGGAGAUCAAACCAGAACAGUCGGAAGACUGUCUUACUCUCGAUGUAUUCGUUCCUAAUCCAAAGCCCCACAGUGCGGCGGUUAUGAUGUGGAUACACGGUGGAGGCUACCACAUAGGAACCGGCUCCGUGCCCGGUCAAGUCCCCGCGCCAUUGGCUGCUUUCAAUGACGUCAUCGUGGUCACUAUCAAUUACAGACUUGGACCUUUGGGAUUCUUGGCUACUGGUGACGGGUCCAUACCAGCAAACCUGGGUCUGUUAGAUCAAAGACAAGCUCUUAUCUGGAUUCAACACAAUAUUGAAGCCUUCGGAGGUGACCCUAACAGGGUGACGAUCUUCGGGGAGAGCGCCGGGUCGGCAAGCGUCAAUUUACACCUUCUAUCUACCAUGAGUGCUGGUCUCUUCUCCCGAGCAAUCAUGCAGAGUGGAGCUGUCACACCAACGUGGACCCAUCACAUUGACAUGGCGGAAGCAGUUCAGAUGACCCUUAACGUAGCUAAAGCUGUUGGCUGUGACGUCAAUACUUCAAGCGAAUUGGUGCGGUGUCUUAGACACGUACCAGCUAAAGAUUUCAUUGAUAUCUACAAUGAUGGGUCAUCGGUGAUCUCAAGCGAAUUCUUCGUUCAUCCCGUGGCUGAUGGUCAGUUCUUGCCCGAUGACCCGAUCAAGAUGGCGUCGAAAGGAUCGUUCAAUCGAGUUGACGUCAUGAUCGGCUGCAUGCGGAAUGAGGGAUCUAUCUUCAUCAUCCCCUCCAUGAUGGGUCAGGAAGGUACCGAACCUCUUCCUAUGAACCACUCAACCUUCCGAGAGGUCAUAGCAAUGAACCUACACACGAAUGACCAUAUCACUCUUGAUAUAGCCCAACAUCUGUUUGCAACAGAAGAUGAGUUGUCUGAUCCCGAUGCCGACUUCAUAUCACCUGCUACCAAACUGAUCGGCCAGGCCAUGUUCCUCUGUCCGACCUUUGACCUCUCUGAUGACCUGUCAAGGGCGGGGCGGGACGUGUACUCCUACCUCAUGCCCCAUGUCCCCUCCUUCUCGGUCUGGGGCAGCACGUACGACUGGCUAGGUGCCGCUCACGCCGAGGAUAUCCCUUACGUCUUCGGUUCACCUUUCAUGAGCGAUUCCGAUGGCGACGCCGCACUGACUGGUCGAUUCGGCAACGAACAGGAGGUCGAGAUGUCGCUCCAGAUGAUGAGAUACUGGUCCAAUUUUGCGAAAACCGGGGAUCCGAACUUAUCUACCAAGGACAAAGAAGCUAUUGGUUCCAAAUAUCCAGCUUGGUCCAAGUAUACUCCCUUAGAACCUAGCUACAAAGAGUUCACUCCUCUAUUCGAGAACCGUGCAGGGAAACCCGAUGCAAAGGAAUGCUAUUUCAUGAAGAACCUUGUCCCAACUCUCAGUGCCAACGCAGAAGAGCUGACUCUCCUGAGAUCUCUCUUGGCAGAGAAGGUUCGAGGAGACAGUAAAGAAUCCUGCCACAGCGCGCAGUCGUGUCCUCAACACUGAGGAGAUUCAGCAAUGCGUCAACAUGACGCGGAAAUACAUCGUGUUUUUUUUUUAAGGGGGUGGCACACUGGUAGCAAGUAUUUGUCUAGACUGGGACCACUUAGUCAACAUUUCCCGGUUCUAGAACACCUACCCCCUGGACAUCCAACCCCUGGAUACCCACCCACAGUCAACUACCCCCUAUGACAA